AUUUUCCCAUCACUUUCAACGGAUCUUUAAAAAAUCAAACGGGAGUUCCGUUUCUUCUCCUCUCUCUCUCUCUCUCACACAGAGUCUUUUUCUCUCUAAGCAAUCCCAUUAGAUCUCAAUUCUCUCUCAUCCAAUUCAUCAAUCUAUACGUAAACCAUAGAUAUUUGUAAUAUUUAUUUAUUUAAUGGCGUCGACGGAGCAAUUGAUGGGAGGCGGACCGAAGUACGUCCAAAUGCAAUCGGAGACGGCGGCGGCGUUUCCGUUGCAGUCGAUGACUUCAUCGUUUUUCUCGUUUCAUCAUCCAAGCACUGCUGAGCCGACUCGAAUUUUUGAUGAGUUGCCCAAGGCUACUAUUAUUCAAGUUUCGCGACCCGACGCCGGUGAUAUUAGUCCUGUGCUAUUGACUUACACAAUUGAAUUCCAAUACAAACAGUUUAAGUGGCAGUUAGUGAAGAAAGCUUCUCAAGUCUUUUAUUUACACUUCACUCUGAAAAAACGAGCAUUUUUUGAGGAGAUGCAAGAGAAGCAAGAGCAGGUUAGAGAAUGGCUUCAAAAUUUAGGAAUAGGAGAACAUGCAGCAGUUACGCAAGAUGAAGAUGAACAAGAUGAUGAGGCGCUUCCUUCACGUAAUGAUGACAGUGCUAGAAACAGAGAUGUUCCAUCUAGUGCCGCUCUCCCAAUUAUCCGGCCAGCACUUGGAAGGCAGCAUUCAAUGUCAGACAGGGCAAAAGUAGCAAUGCAGGGAUACUUAAAUCACUUUCUUGGUAAUAUGGAUAUUGUGAACUCCCGAGAGGUGUGCAAGUUUUUGGAAGUUUCCAAGUUAUCAUUUUUGCCAGAAUAUGGUCCUAAGCUAAAGGAAGAAUAUAUUAUGGUGAAGCAUUUACCAAAAAUUAUGCACGAUGAUGAUGAAAAAAAAUGUUGUUCAUGCCAGUGGUGCAGUUGUUGCAGAGAUAACUGGCAAAAGGUGUGGGCUGUAUUAAAACCUGGAUUCUUGGCCUUUCUCAAAGACCCUUUUGACACCAAUCCUUUGGAUAUAAUUGUUUUUGAUGUUCUGCCGGCCUCAGAUGGUAAUGGAGAGGGCAGAGUAUCUUUGGCAAAAGAAGUGAAGGAUCACAAUCCUUUGCGCCAUUAUUUCAGGGUGACCUGUGGCACUCGAAGCAUAAAGCUAAGAACCAAAAGCAAUGCAAAAGUUAAAGACUGGGUUGCUGCAAUCAAUGAUGCUGCUCUUCGGCCACCAGAGGGUUGGUGUCACCCUCACCGUUUCGGGUCUUUUGCUCCUCCACGGGGUUUGACCGAAGACGGUAGUCAAGCUCAGUGGUUUGUUGAUGGUUGUGCUGCAUUUGAAGCUAUAGGUUUGGCAAUUGAAGCAGCAAAAUCUGAGAUAUUCAUAUGUGGAUGGUGGCUGUGCCCAGAACUGUAUUUACGACGUCCAUUUCAUGCUCAUGCAUCAUCUCGUCUUGAUUCUUUACUGGAAGCUAAAGCCAAGCAAGGUGUUCAGAUUUACAUUCUUUUGUACAAAGAGGUUGCUCUAGCACUCAAAAUUAACAGCGUCUAUAGCAAGAGAAAGCUUCUAGACAUUCACGAGAAUGUCAGAGUACUUCGCUAUCCUGAUCAUUUUUCUAGUGGGGUCUACUUGUGGUCCCACCAUGAAAAGAUUGUCAUCGUUGAUCACCAGAUAUGUUUCAUAGGAGGACUUGAUCUAUGCUUUGGCCGUUAUGACUUUCCUGAUCAUAAAGUGGGAGACUAUCCUUCUGUAAUAUGGCCUGGCAAGGAUUAUUACAACCCAAGGGAAUCAGAACCAAAUACAUGGGAUGACACGAUGAAGGAUGAACUAGAUCGAAAAAAAUAUCCGCGGAUGCCAUGGCAUGAUGUGCACUGUGCCUUUUGGGGACCGCCUUGUCGUGAUGUAGCCAGGCACUUUGUGCAGCGUUGGAACUAUGCAAAGAGAAAUAAAGCUCCCAAUGAACAAGCAAUUCCACUACUUAUGCCUCAACACCACAUGGUUAUCCCCCAUUAUAUGGGAAAAAGCAGCGUGUUAGAGGUUGGGAAUAAGGCUAGUCAUGAAGAUGUGAAAAGACACGAUUCUCUUUCCUCUCGUUCAUCCUUUCAGGAUGUACCUUUACUUAUUCCUCAAGAGGCAGAUGAGCAGGAUAUUUUAAUGGGAGACACGAAUCUGAAUGGGUUGAAUACUGAACAUGAUCUUCAGGUUCAGCCAAGCAGGGUCAGCAGAAGCCCUUUCUCUUUCCGCAAAUCCAAAAUUGAACCAUUAAUUUCAGAUAUGCCGAUGAAAGGUUUCGUUGAUGAAUUUGACACUUUGAAUUUCCAGAGGGAGUUGUCCCAUGUAACCCAGCCUGGCUCAGAAAUUUCAGAGAAAGAAUGGUGGGAAAUGCAGGAAAGAGGUGACCACGUUGUUUCUCCAGAUGAAAUUGGACAGGUUGGCCCUCGUGUUGCAUGUCGCUGCCAGGUUAUAAGGAGUGUGAGUCAGUGGUCUGCUGGAACAAGCCAAAUUGAAGAAAGUAUACACAUUGCUUAUUGUUCACUGAUUGAAAAGGCUGAACAUUAUGUUUAUAUCGAGAAUCAAUUCUUCAUCUCAGGUCUAGAAGGUGAUGAAAUCAUACGUAAUCGUGUUUUAGAUGCAUUAUACAGACGUAUUUUGCGAGCCCACAAUGAGAAGAAGUGCUUCAGGGUUAUCAUUGUGAUACCUCUUUUACCUGGCUUCCAGGGUGGUAUGGAUGAUGCUGGUGCUGCAUCUGUCAGAGCUAUUAUGCAUUGGCAAUAUCGAUCAAUAUGCAGAGGACCUAAUUCAAUAUUACAUAAUCUUUUUGAUCUUGUUGGGCCUAGAAUGCAAGAUUACUUAUCUUUUUAUGGUUUGAGAGCAUAUGGCAGACUUUUUGAUGACGGUCCGGUGGCCUCUAGUCAGGUGUACGUUCAUAGCAAGAUCUUGAUAAUUGAUGACCAUACAACUUUGAUUGGCUCAGCCAAUAUCAAUGAUAGAAGUUUAAUUGGAUCUAGAGAUUCUGAGAUCGGCAUGCUUAUUGAAGACAAAGAAUUGGUUGAGUCCUGCAUGGGAGGCAAUUCGUGGAAAGCUGGAAAAUUUGCAUUGAGUCUUCGCCUUUCAUUAUGGUCCGAGCAUCUUGGUCUCCGUGCAGGAGAGGUUGAUCAAAUAAGGGAUCCAGUGAUUGAUUCGACCUAUAAGGAUAUAUGGAUGGCUACUGCAAAGACAAAUACGAUGAUCUACCAAGACGUUUUCUCUUGUAUACCAAACGAUCUCAUACAUACAAGGUAUUACACAAUCCUUAACUUUCUUUUCCGAUCAACUUUCCAGUGGUUAAACUUGCAUGAUUGCAUCCACAGGGCUUCACUCCGACAAUGUAUGGCUUUCUGGAGAGAGAAACUUGGCCAUACUACCAUUGAUUUAGGAAUAGCCCCGAAUAAGUUGGAAUCAUACGAAGAUGGAGACGUUAAAUGCACGGAUCCCAUGGAGAGAUUAGAGUCUGUGAAAGGACAUCUUGUUUCUUUCCCAUUGGAUUUCAUGUCCAAAGAAGAUUUAAGACCUGUAUUUAAUGAAAGUGAGUACUAUGCCUCACCUCAAGUGUUUCAUUAAGUAUCAGGUUCGGAUUGAGAAAAGGGCAAAACAUUCAGUAUUUUUCGAGGGACAGUCCCUGUUGAAGAAAGUAGAUGUAUGUAACUGUGGUUGUUGGAGAGGAUUGUAUUUGUUAAUUUGUGUCCAAAGUCGUAAAGGCCAAACAAGAAGCAACAAUAAGCAAUCAUUCUCAGGAGUAACAUUUUUUUGGCUCCUCAUCAAGAAGCCAUUUCUUGGACAAAUUUAUUCGAUACGUCUCUCUUCUUUAAUUUUGUACAAUGUGUCCACAUUUUCUGUAGAGUUUCAGUCACAGCAUCAAAUCCUGCGGACCUAUUAACUUCGAAAUUUCAAGCAUAAUGAUCUUAUUGCUUA